AUGAUGGAAAAUCUGUUUUGGUCUUUCGAUCAGGCAGACUCGUCAGAGAAUAUGUUCGUGAUGAAGGGUAUCAUGCGUUGUUUGCUGAUCUGUUCUGACGACGUGGAACCAUAUGCGAGUGACAUUUUGACCAAGCUAGCACAGAAGCUAGUGGACGUGUCGAAAAAUCCGAGCAGACCGCAUUUCAAUCACUACCUCUUAGAGUCGAUCUGCGUGCUGAUCCACGGAGUCUCAAAAAAUGCGAAGAUACAAAUCCCAGUUUUCGAAAAAAUACUGUUUCCAAUAUUUCAAGAAAUUCUGCGAACGAAUGUUGCAGAGUUCAUGCCUUAUGUUUUUCAGGUGCUUGCACUGACUCUCGACUUGAGACCCGUUGGCUACGGUAUUCCAGAGCCUUACGCCAACCUCUAUAACUUUCUUCUUUCCCCUGUUUUGUGGGAAAGCAGAGGAAAUAUCCCGGCACUUGUUAGGCUUUUAAGGUCUUACCUGAAAGUUGGCUGCGAACGGGUUUCGAGCGAACAGGAUUUGAUGGCACUUUUGGGCGUAUUUCAGAAGCUUGUAGCAUCGAAGCUGAGCGACGGCGACGCCUUCUACAUGCUAAACAGUCUAGUCGAAUACUUGCCAUAUGAUAAAUUGCAACCGUACAUGAAAAAUAUAUUCAUUUUACUGUUUACACGUUUGCAGAACUUGAAAACAUUGAAAUACGUGAAAAGUUUCAUCGUUUUCACGUGCUUGUUUUGCAUCAAGUUUGGUGCCGCGAAACUGAUCGAAAUCGUCGAUAAUAUUCAAAAUGGAAUAUUUGGCAUGUUGCUCGAAAAGGUCAUAUUAACGGAUAUUGACAAGGUUAGUACGCCGAUGGACAAGAAGAUCUGCGCUAUUGGUCUCGUCAAGUUGCUGACAGAUAAUUUGGAGCCACUGGUCACUGGCCGAUACAAAAUGUACUGGCCUUUGCUGCUCGAAAGCGAAAUCAACUUGUUCACUCAGAAAGGAACUUAUGACGAACCCGAAGAAGUCGCCGACACUUUUAACUUUGACGCUACCUUUAGCAAGUUAACUUACGCCGCGCCAGAAAAUCAUGAUCCAACUCAUGUCAACAAUGCUGAAGGCUUUAUAGUUUCUGCGUUACAAACGUUUCAUGCUUCAAACCCCGGGUUUUUGUCAUCUGUGGUAUCUAAUCUACAGGGAGAUAAAAAAGCUAAUCUGUCGCAGCUGUUGAAUAAUAUCGGUAUUAAGGUGCUGUAG